AUGAAUAACCUUCCGGUCCGCGUUGUUCGAAUUUCCCCUGCGUCUCUCCUCCGCCAGUCUCCCCGCACGCAGAUCGCUCGGUACUAUGCCACCCAAGGCGACCUGGGCCGUGGGCCUCGACCUACCGGGACAUCAAGGAAGAAGAGCAUCACAGUUUUGUCCGAUGACGGACGAGUAGAGUGGGGUGAUUUGAGCAGAGGCGAAAAAGUUGCGCGCACAACACAACAGUCCUUCAACUUUGUCAUUGUGCUGGUUGGCGCUGUCCUGACGGGUGGUGUGUUCACACUUCUCUACCAAGAACUGUUCUCGCCGAACAGCAAGACAUGGCAGUUCGAAAAGGCAGUUGAGCGGAUCAAGGAUGACCCCGAGUGUAUAAAGCUGCUUGGUGACCGCGGAGAGAUCAAGGCAUAUGGCGAGAACACUUGGAGUCGAUGGGCGCGAAGCAGACCUAUUGCGACAACCAUCGAAAAAGAUAGGUUAGGCCGUGAGCAUCUCCGGAUGAACUUCCACGUCGAGGGUCCCCUCAACUCUGGUGUGGUCAUCGUGCACAUGAUGAAGCCUCUGGACAAGACCAAUCUUGAGUACCAACUUCUCGCGCUCGAUGUGAAGGGACACUCUCGUGUGAUCCUUGAAAAGGCAUCAGAGAAGCCCAGCGUGGCAAGUACCCUGAAGCUCUUUGGUAUGCAGUGGCGCUAG